AGCUUACACUUUACGCUUUCUGUUAUUUCCUUCUUCACUGUCUCCUUCUUCACCGUAGCCAUUGCAACAAAAAUAUGAGUUUCUGAUUCCAUUCUUCAAUAAAACCUCGCAAGAAAUUACUGGCCAACUUCACUCACCGACUGUCUGUCUGUCUGUCUGUCUGUCUCUCUCCACUAUACAUACAUACAUGUAUAUACCUCUUGGGCUCUUUCUCUCUCUAAAUCGCCUUAUUGAAGCAUUACAGAUCCUAACUCUCCAAUCUCGAGCGUCUUAGACCUUAAUCAGCCGUUGAUUUAAAUUGCUUCCUGUAAUGAUCAAAUCAGAUCACCGACCGUUUCAAUCACUGACACAAACUGGUUUGGACUCUCCUUACCACUAUCUCAAUCCAAGAAACCAAGAAUCGACUAUGGAUGUUGAAAAAAACAAGCGGGUAUACCAUCGAAAGGUCUGUUUCAAUUGGAGGGCAGGCAAUUGCUAUAGAUUCUCAUGUCCUUACUUGCACAGAGAAUUACCGCCACCGCAGUCCAUUGGCGGCGACGGCGCGGCCAAGUCGAAGCCGCCUCACGGGUUCGCGGAUGACCAACAUUUGACAAGCCGAAGGAAUCCUAAUUUCAGCAAUUCUUCGACUUGGGGGCGAGCAGGAGGGGACAGAGUUGUGAAGAAAACAGAGAAAUUGUGUAAUUAUUGGGUGCAGGGGAGUUGUAAUUUUGGGGAUAAGUGCAGGUUUUUGCAUCCUUGGUCCACAGGAGAUUGUCUUUCGUUGUUGACACAGCUUGAAGGACACCAGAAGGUAGUUAGCGGGAUUACUUUGCCAUCUGGGUCUGAUAAGCUUUAUACAGGGAGUAAGGAUGAAACUGUGAGGGUUUGGGAUUGCCAGUCUGGGCAGUGUACUAGCGUGAUUAAUUUGGGCAGUGAAAUAGGUUGCAUGCUCAGUGAAGGGCCAUGGAUAUUUGUGGGUCUACCAAAUGUUGUCAAGGCAUGGAAUACCCAAACCGCCACUGAUUUGAGUCUUAAUGGACCUGUUGGACAAGUCUAUACCCUGGUUGUGGGCAAUGAUAUGCUCUUUGCAGGUUCACAGGAUGGGACCAUAUUGGCGUGGAAAUUUAAUGCUGCUGCCAACUGCUUUGAACCAGCUGCAUCCUUCAAGGGUCACACUCUUGCUGUUGUGACACUAGUUGUUGGUGCUAAUAGGCUAUACUCCGGUUCAAUGGAUCAUUCUAUAAGAGUAUGGAGCCUUGAAACUUUGCAAUGCAUCCAGACUUUGACCGAGCAUACUUCAGUUGUAAUGUCUGUUCUAUGCUGGGAUCAGUUUCUUCUAUCAUGUUCAUUGGACAAAACAAUAAAGGUGUGGUUUACUUCUCAGAGUGGAAAGUUGGAAGUUACAUACACCCAUAAUGAGGAACAUGGCGUGCUCACUCUCUGUGGGAUGCAUGAUUCAGAAUCCAAGCCGGUCUUGCUGUGCUCUUGCAACAAUAACUCUGUCCAUGUAUAUGAUUUGCCAUCGUUUUCCGAGAGGGGCAAGAUAUUCGCGAAACAGGAGGUCCGAUCCAUACGGAUAGGCCCUGGGGGUUUGUUUUUUACCGGAGAUGGAGCGGGUGAAGUGAGAGUAUGGAAAUGGUUGGCUGAAACAACAGCUGCCUCAUGAGUCAUGAUGAGUGGCGCUGUCUAUACAUUAACAAUUUUUUAUUUAAUUUCAGGGUUUCUUGACAAUGUACAAGUUCAUGGAAAAAAUGAGAAAAGAUGAGUGAGUGCCAGUUUUGAGGUUCCAGAGAAGCACAUCACCAGUCAAUGAAGCUUUGUGACCCAUGCAAUGCUCGUAAUAUAGUAGUAUUCUUUUCUCUCUGUAUGUAAGUUUGUAAUGGUUCCAGAAUAUAUCCAAUUCGUUUGUAAUGGUUCCAGAAUAUAUCCAAUUCCAGUCACAAGUGUUGUCGAUUCUUUUUUCACAAGUGUUCUCUAUGCUCUCUCUAUAUGUAAGUUUGUAAUGGUUCCAGAAUAUAUCCAAUUUCAGUCACAAGUGUUCUCCAUAAAGUAGUUUUAAAUUGCAUGGAACAUCAAUGGUGGUUAUACUCA